AGCCGAGGUAAGUAGGUAAGCUCCCUUUGCACCGACCCCUCUUACUCUUACUAAUAUCGAGCUACCAUCCAUCAAGAGACAAUCAGCAGAAAAUAAGACACGCAUCUCUAUUUGCAUCUGCAUGCUUACAUAUAUACAUUGAACAUCCACCAAAACAACAACCAAACCAGCAGUAAUAAUAAAAGGUACAAAAAAAAAGAUCUGAUACCACCACCUCCUCCUCCUCCUCCUCCAACGCCCGGGCAAAGAACCAAAAAAUACAAGUAUAACAAAAUGGGAACAGAAAAGAUGCAUGUAUUCCCUCCCUUCGCACGCACGUACGCUCUGAUGGAUGGAUGAAUGGAGUGACAACAAAGGGGAAACUGGAUGGGAAAAGAGGAAAAACGAUAACACGGGACGUGAGAACAUGGAAAUAGGUACACAAGCGCUCCAUUACUCGAGAAGGAUUAGAAGAAGAAAGAAAAACAAGAGCAUCUCCAUUUCACUCUGCACAUUUCUGUCCAACAUUUGGUGGUAG